UAAAAAAUGUUAUAAUCUAAAAGAGAGUAAUAUAGGUUUCAUAUAUUACCAUAAUCAGUUGUUGGGUUGGCUUACGUAACCUUUUUCUUUUUAAAAAAAACAAGUGCCAAAAAUACAAGCUUUGUGCCUGAGAAAAAAAAGAGUUUUGACAUUUUAAUUUUUUCUUGGUUCCACUUUUUACUUCCCGCUAAAUUAAAAUAUUUUAAAUUUGUAUUAAUUAUGAUAUCAAAUCCAUAUUAAGAUGAUACGCAUUUAAGUGUAUAAUAAUUUAAUGAUUAAUUAUAUUAAAUAAGAGGAUUUAUAUAUUCUUUGGUUUUGUAAGAAUGGAUUCAAAACCAGUAAGGAUGGUUAAUGUUGUUCCAAUAUCAAGACUUAAGAAAGUACCACUGCCAGAUGAUAGUGAAGACACUGUGGCAUGUCGUAUAUGCAAUAAGUCUUUUGCUAAUGAAGUUGCAUUGAAGAACCACAGCCGUAUUGAGCACAUUGAUGCUCUGCUUAGUGGCCAAGAUAUUUGUGUAAGAAAAAUUAAGGCUGUUGCAAUCUCCAAGGACAAAAGAAAAAAAGAAAUGCAAGAUGUAGAGUCAGAACACAUAAUUCUCUCUGUGGAACCAAUAGAUAUUAUGAACAUAGCCUUGGCACAGGAUUUUAUCAUAAAUAAGGAUGAAAAUGAUACAAAUUCAAGUGAUGGCGAGAAGAAAGCCAAAAGAGCUAAAAUAGAAAAGGCGAAAGUGGCCGUUAAGAAAGUUAAAGAAGUGAAGGCCAUCACCGGCCCCUUUGAGUGUCUUCAGCCAUCAUCUCUAGUUUCCGAUAGUAUAUGUCACCAGAUGUUCUUCUCUUGCUGCGAGUACUCGACACAUAUCAGAGACGAACACACGCGACGAAGGAAGGGUGUCAAGUGUCAGGUAUGCGAGAAACCACUCACCAUUGUUCUUGGAAAUGAACAGUUACCUUACACUUGUCAGUUUUGCGCCGCCGGCUUCGAACGCUGCAUGGAAUUAUCCGACCACGUGACAAAACACCACAAUAAAAUAAAACCAUACCAAUGCACAGUUUGCAAUAAACGUUUCACCCAGCAGGGCGGCCUCGUCCAACACAUGCGAGCGCAUUCGGGAGACAAGCCCUUUAAUUGCACCUUCUGCCCUAAAUCCUUCACGCAAAAAUCCGGCCUAGACCAACACUUACGAAUACACACAAAAUCCAAACCAUACAAAUGCGUCAUAUGUAGCAAAGCGUUCUGUCAAUCCGUACACUUGCAACAACACAUGCGCACGCACACAAAUGUGGCGCCGUUUCAGUGUAUCAUAUGCCAGAAACGGUUCAAGCAGAGCAGCCAUUUGAAUUACCAUUUAAAAUACCACAACCCGUUGAACAUGACGGACGAGCAGAAAGAGAAAUAUUCGGAGCUGAUGCGAAUGAUGGGCAAGGAGAGCGUCUUCGAAUUGCUCGACUCGAAAGGUGAAAGGCUUGGAAGUGAAGGGAACGAAGUUAAAAGUGAAGAAGUGAUUUGUGUUGAGGAGGAAUUGGUGGUGGAUGGACAGGAAUUGCUGGAACAUGAUCUCAAUGCAGUUGAAGUUGUUUAUUUAGAUUCAAUUUAGUUAUUGACCGCCUGACACGCAAUAUUCAAUUGAUAUCCUUAAGUCUGUGGAUUUAUAGAUUUUCUAAUACAUUAUAUAUAUAUAGUAUAAGAUCCCGAUAUACAACGACCUUCACCGAGAUGCUUAUUUAAUGAAACGUAUUUUAUAUUUAAUUUAAU